AAACUAAUAAUAUUAAAUACACUGUAUAGUUAGUAAGGAAAAGAGGAAAGCUUAAAAAAACUCUUUUCAUUGUUUUUAUUGAAAGAGAAAAGCAAUGUUUUUUGUGGAGCAGUUUUAUUUGUUCUUAUUCAAAGGAAUUUUUGAGGCCCUCAUGCUUCUUUAUAGUGUGUAAACUUUUAAGUCUUUGUUGUGUUGUGUGGUUCUCUUUUCAAGUUGGGUUUAGCAAGAAGUGAAAGAUCCUUUCUUGGUGCUGGUUUUUGUCGAUCUUUUCUCUCUAUCUUUCUAUCUCUCUCUCUAGUGUAUGAUAUAGAUGUUGGUUCUGGUGCUUGUUUUGCUUUUGUGAUGAAAAUAGUACACUUGUGAUCCUCUACUGUGAAAAGGCUAUCCUGAAAUCUCUUCUUUCUGUGGAUAUUUUUAUUGCAUUCUUUUUGAUUGGCUGUGAUGACGGUGGUGUUGCUUUUGUUGUUUUGUGGUGUAUAGUGCAUAUGAAAACACAAUCAUGUAUCCGGUGGAUAAACCCGAUCAAAUUAUAUGAAAAAAUUGAUAUAGAAAAGAGUCUGUGCUGUUGUUUAAUAUACUUGUUUAUAUUUUCUUAAAAUCCCAUUUGACCGGUUUUGUUGGUGGUAGGAUGUCUGUUGUUUUCUCCAUUGAAAUAUUUACGUAUUGAGAGUAUUUUAUUUCCUUUAAUGCCUAGCAGGGGAUAGCAUUUCUUUUCAGAAGCUGACUUAUUGGGCUUUUGAAUUGAUGAAAAGUUGGGUUUUUUAGUUUCUCCAGGGAAAUGAGAUUUUGAUUGAAGAUGCUGACUGUGAAAAUGAGAGAGUUUGGUAGAAGCUGGAGACUUCCUCCAUGUCAUGGAUUUCUAUGUUUUGGACUUCAUUCAGCCCUAGGAGGAUAACCAUGAAGGAUUUAUCUGAGUCUGCUUGGCAGAAGUCCAAUAAUUCUGGGGCAUUAAAUACCUCUAGAGCCUCAGACUGGAAUCCAGGACCUUUAUCUCGUGAUUCUGUGUUUAGGAAGAAGACUGAUAGGGUUGUGCUGGCGCAUCAUAACCUCAAGAACCAGGUUGGUUUGUCGGGGGGUUACAAGGAUGAGGUAGCAGUAGACCCUUUUGCCCGAGCCAUAGAAUGGGGUGAUGUUAGCUUGAGGCAGUGGUUGGACAAACCUGAAAGAUCAGUUGAUGAAUUUGAAUGUUUACACAUAUUUAGGCAAAUAGUUGGUAUUGUAAAUCUGGCACAUUCACAAGGAAUAGUUGUUCAUAAUGUUCGGCCUUCUUGCUUCGUUAUGACAUCAUUUAACCAUGUCUCCUUCAUUGAAUCUGCUUCUUGUUCGGAUUCUGGGUCAGAUUCUUUAGAAGACGGACUGAAUAGCCGAACCUUGGAGGUUAAAAAUCCAUCUUCUCUCUUGCCUAAUGACAUAUUCCAGCUGAGAACUAGGUUAAGAAGUGAAGAUUUCCAACCCGCUUCUACUCCAAUAAAUGCUUUAUCUGAAGCUAGUUGCAUUCAGUCAAGCUCAGUUCAUGCAACCCAUGUACCAGUGGGAGAGAAUACUGAAGAAGAUAAAGCCAAUGAUAGGACGAUUAUUGAACAAGAAGAAGAAGAAAGGAAGCAACCUUUUCCAAUGAAGCAAAUAUUACUCAUGGAGACCAGCUGGUAUACUAGUCCUGAAGAAGCUACUGGUUCACCUAGCUCUUGUGCUUCAGACAUAUACAGAUUAGGAGUCCUCCUAUUCGAGUUGUUCUGCCCAUUCAGUUCACGAGAAGACAAGAGCAGAACUAUGUCUAGUCUAAGGCACCGGGUUCUUCCUCCUCAACUGCUACUGAAGUGGCCAAAAGAAGCUUCAUUUUGCCUAUGGCUUCUGCACCCAGAGCCUAGUAGUCGGCCAAAAAUGUGUGAGUUGUUACAAAGUGAGUUUCUUAAUGAACCAAGAGAGAAUUUGGAAGAACGUGAAGCAGCAAUACAACUUAGUGAAAGAAUAGAGGAGCAGGAUUUGUUGCUAGAUUUCCUUCUGCUGAUACAGCAAAGAAAACAGGAAGCUGCAGAUAAGUUACAAGAUACUGUUUCUCUUCUAUGUUCUGAUAUUGAAGAAGUUUUGAAGCAUAGAACAUUUCUUAAGAAGAAGGGAGGGUCAUGCCUAGAGAGAAUGAAGGAUGAUAAUUUAGUAUCAAAUCUCCCUCCAUUUAGUAUUGUUGACAAUGAUGAUUCUUCUAGCUUGGGUUCCAGAAAACGAUUUCGACCAGGCAUUCAGAUUUUCAACAUGGAGGAGUUUGAUGAUAAUCGAGAUGAUGCUCAGCACUCAGAUAUGGUCACUGAAAGUCAAGAUUCUCUACUUCUUAAAAGUUCUCGAUUGAUGAAGAAUUUCAAGAAGCUUGAGUCAGCAUACUUCUUGACGAGGUGCAGGCCUAUUAGGUCAUCAGGGAAACCAUUCAUUAGAUAUUCGCCAAUAAGCAGUGAUGGGAGAGGUUCUACUGUGGUUAGUGAAAGAAGCUCUAUAAAUAAUUUAGCACCAAAAGAACAGCAUGUUGAGAGUAGACAGAGUGGAUGGAUAAGCCCAUUUCUUGAGGGCUUGUGCAAGUAUCUGUCUUUCAAUAAGCUAAAAAUUAAAGCUGAUUUGAAACAAGGGGAUCUGUUGAACUCUUCAAACCUAGUCUGCUCUCUCAGUUUUGAUCGUGAUGGAGAGUUUUUUGCUACAGCUGGUGUGAAUAAAAAAAUAAAAAUAUUUGAAUGUGAUGCAAUAAUAAAUGAAAAUCGUGAUAUUCACUAUCCUGUUGUUGAAAUAGCUACUAGGUCAAAACUUAGCAGCGUAUGCUGGAACAGCUACAUUAAAAGCCAGAUUGCUUCAAGCAACUUUGAAGGUGUGGUGCAGGUGUGGGAUAUUACAAGAAGUCAAGUACUAACAGAAAUGAGAGAACAUGAGAGGCGGGUAUGGUCCAUUGACUUCUCAUCAGCAGAUCCAACAACGUUGGCUAGCGGCAGUGAUGAUUGUUCUGUUAAGCUAUGGAAUAUCAAUCAGGGAGUAAGUAUUGGUACAAUCAGGACGAAGGCCAAUGUCUGUUCUGUUCAGUUUCCCUUGGAUUCUAGCCGUUCUCUUGCAUUUGGCUCAGCAGAUCAUAAAGUUUAUUACUAUGAUCUGCGAAAUGCAAAGGUUCCUUUAUGCACAUUGGUUGGACACAAUAAAACUGUGAGUUACGUGAGGUUUAUAGAUUCGACAAAUCUUGUUUCUGCAUCCACGGAUAACACAUUAAAGCUCUGGGAUUUGUCAAUGUGUGCAUCUCGAAUUAUUGAUACUCCACUUCAGUCAUUCACAGGCCACAUGAACGUAAAGAACUUUGUGGGUUUGUCAGUAUCCGAUGGUUAUAUUGCAACUGGCUCAGAAACAAAUGAGGUUUUCAUCUACCAUAAAGCUUUCCCCAUGCCAGCAUUGUCAUUCAAGUUUAACAACACAGAUCCACUUUCUGGCCACGAAAUGGAUGAUCCUGCACAGUUUAUUUCUUCUGUCUGCUGGCGCAGUCAGUCCUCCACCUUAGUUGCUGCAAACUCUACUGGUAAUAUCAAAAUUUUGGAGAUGGUUUAACUCCCAUCUAUUGUUGUUUAAUUCAUACACGAUAGAAGCGAAACAACAGGAAACAAUGAUGGUGUUGGGUCUGAAAAUUUGAAAUCAGGACAGUAAUUUUGCACCAGAGGAAACUGUGAAGCUAGAUUAAGGAUUAGAAAAAGAAAAAAAGAAAAGUUUUUUUGGCAUUAGAUAACAGAGAAUGCAAUUGAGAUACUGGCCAUGGUCACUGUAAUGUAGAUAAAGAUUCAGGGUAAGGAAAAGAACUUGACAAUUAAUUUUUCCUUGUAUAUCUUGCAAUGCUUAUAGUUGAAUCAUUUUUUAUUUACAAUGCAUCA